AUGGCUGAGUUCAAAUCUGAACACUCGAGCGUCAUCGAUCGCUACAGGCCUCAGAAAAGCCAGUCUAGCCAGUCAGUCUAUUUGUCAGGACCCAGCAGGACGCAUGGCUCGCCAGACGGCCGGUCCGCGGCAGGGCAAUCCAACCUGGAGCAUCAAGUUACCACAAUCGCCACUUCUUCGGAGCUACCACAUCUUCCGGUCAAGACGAGGCCAGCCUACGAUCCUGGCCUUGCUAUGUCUGAUGGGGAGAAUGAAAGUCUGCUCGAUCAGUGUGUAUUCAUAUGCAAAACUGUCUCGUCAACACCGGGUCGUAAGACUAGCAUCUUCGCACCAGUCCGAGGCCUACAGCCUCCGCCAACACAAGUCGCUUCAAAUGGCCGAACCGACCAUCUCGAGGGCAUUGUCGGAAAGGGG